AUGUCAUCAACGCAGGUGUUGCGGAGCUUCCUACCUGCCGGGUUUGGUGGGAUUGGUGACCUCAGGUGGGGGUGGGUUGGUGAGGGUGGGGGGGCUGGGGGGCGCAGCCUCGGGGCGUCCGACAUGGUGGACGACGGUGACGCAGCGAUGCACCGUGGGACGGCAGUGUCCGACCUGAAGAGGCGUAGCACAACACCCCAGACCUCGCCCCAGUCCUACACCCCCUCAGUCCCUCGCCCCUCAGUCCCUACGCCCCCGGCCUACACCCCUCAGUCUCGCCCCAGUCCUCGCCCCCUCAGUCCCUCGCCCCCAGUCCUACGCCCCCGGCCUCGCCCCUCAGUCCCUCGCCCCUCAAUCCCUACGCCCCAGUCCUCCUUUGACCUCGCCCCUCAGUCCCUCGCCCCUCAGUCCCUCCCCCCGUCGCCCCCUCAGUCGCCCCAGUCUCGCCCCCUCAGUCCUACGCCCCUCAAUCCUCGCCCCAGUCCUACGCCCCGGCCUCGCGCCCCAGUCCUCGCCCCUCAGUCCUCGCCCCCUCAGUCCUCGCCCCUCAGCCUCAGUCCUCGCCCUCAGUCCCGCCCCCAGUCCCGCCGGCCUACGCCCCUCAGUCCCUCGCCCCUGGCCUCGCCCCCCCUACGCCCCCUCAGUCCUCUCCCCCUGGCCUCGCGCCCAGUCCUACGUCCCGCCCCUCAGUCCCACGCCCCGCCUCGCCCUCGGCCUCGCCCCAGUCCCUCGCCCCAGUCCUGGCAUAUGCCCCUUGGCAUAUGCUGCUUCUUCACCCCUGUGAGUAAACGCAGUACUUCACUCUGUGCGUAG